AUGGUUCAAAAACGUAAAAAAGAUACAUCACAAACUAAAAAUGAAGAAAUUGAUGACAUUCCUGAAGAAGAAAAACUUCGUUUAAUAAACUCAACUGGGUUAUUUAAAACCCUUAAAGAAGCAGAACGAGAACGUA